AUGUCUGAGAAUUUGUACACUGAGACUGCUAAUCAGCUUCAAAGUGCACUGCUGGCACUAAAUUCUCAAAAAUUGUUUGCGAAGGAGCGUCUUAGUCGCAGUCAAAACAGAAUACAAUGGUAUAUUUCCCAAUUCGCCGCGAAAGAUUUUCAAGUUGAAGAAUCUCGCAGAAAGGAAGCUUCCAUUUCUACUGCCAUCUCUCAACUGCGUGCCAAAGCUCAGGAGGAACUUAUUCAAUACCGUCAGCAAGCUGCAGACAUUUACAAAAAACCAAUAGCUACUUUGCAAAGUCAGUUGGUCUUGGAGAGAAGAGAAAAUCGAUUGUUGAAGAAUAAAUGUUUAAAAAAUGAUCAAACAAUUCUCAACUUGCAACGGCAAAUCGCUGAAUUGAAUUCUAAAGUUUACAGCACUGAACAUCAAACUGAACUUUUGAAGAAUGCUUUGGAUAGUUUGGGGAAGGAGCAUAAUCGCUUAAGAAGUAACUAUGAGGACAAGAUCCAGAGACUAGAGGAUUCUAUAACUUCUAGUGCUGCUGAUUUUGAUUUAAUGCGAAGUAAAGAGAAUGAAGUUAUGAAGGAAAUAUCAAAAUUUAAAAGCAUGUUGAAUUUAGACGAAGAGAGUCCCCACUCACGAAGAUGUAACGAACAAAUUAAUCCAGUUAAUGAGGAAUUGGUUGACGAAGAGGAUUCACAGUGUUCAGAAAAUGACAAAAAAAUCGGAUUCGACAGAACCUAUGAAUCAAAAGUUACCUCACACUCAGAUUGUGCUGUUCCAUCAAAAGGUAUUGAGUCUUUUGUGAUGACAUCAAAAGAUGACCUCCUCGACACUUCCCAGAAUAUUGAUGUUGAGUUACAAAACUGUGGUCAAAUAAACUUUGACAUGAAUAGGUGUGGUUUAAAUUCUUCCAAAAAUGAAAUCAUGGACACAAAAAUCAAUGGCUCAAUACCUGGUAGUCCAAAGUCGUCAAUGUGUUUAUCAGGGUCCAAUGCUAUUGGAUACUUACAAAUUUGUGAAAUUGAUCCCAAUGGUGAGUAUUUACUUCUAUGGAAUUCAAGUACAAACAAGGAAAUUGAUAUUGGAUUACAUAAAGUUUGGCAAAAACAUAUUCAAGAGAAAAUUAAUGAAUAUACAUUCCCAGCUGAUGUUCGAAUGUCACCACGAACUGUAUUUACUUUAUGGUCGAAUAAUGCCAUUAUACCAAAGAAUAUUCAUAAUACAAAAAAUGUAUUCCGAUGUCCAAAUAUUUGUAAAUGGUUUAAUGGUCCAAAUUAUGUAACUAUGGUAUCGAAUUCCCGUGAUGAGAUUUUAGCUUGGCUUACCCCAUCUGCACGAUGUUUUACAAGCCGAAAUGAACGAGAAAAUUCUCUUCAGAAUUGUAAUUCAUCCGGAAUUCAAUAUGCACCAGAUUUUAAUCGUGAUCCGCUAAUGAUAACAAGAUUCCUUACCCUUAUAAACCAUAAUUCAAUGAUUCACCUCAAUUAUCCAAUGAUGAAACUAAUCAAAAUACACAUUAAUUUAUGAAUAAAUCAAAAUUUAAUUUUAAUGUAGGUUUUGUUUAUUUUGAUUAUUUCAAAUGAAACAGUGAAAAAAGCACAUGACAACAAUGAGGAUACAAUAAACGGAAUGUCUAUUUUGUGUAUGUGUGUGUGUAGUUUGUUAUGUAC